AUGCUUCAAAGUUUGUCUUCGUACACGAUCGCUGGCUAUAUGGAUUCACGUCAUGCCACUCCAGAAGACAUUAAUAUACUUCUGUGGAAGAAGGUGGAAAAGUUUUCGGGCCAACCAGAUUUUGGUUUGGAAUUAGAAAAAAUUUUUCUUCAGUUGUCUAAACUCAGAUAUUUUAAGGCUCGAGCCGAGAAAAAAAGCCCAGCUAACUUGGCGAUGCAACAUUUCGAUUUCUAUUAUAAGCCGAUAUUCAGGAAACGAUGGCCGUCUAUAAGGAUCGGCUUAUUAUCCGAUCCAAAAUAUUGUGCGGUAGUGAACAAUUAUGCAGCCGACCCAGAUGUGAUCCAACGCUUGUUGGACGAUGGCGCUGUGGAUAUAAUAGACAAAGUGAAAAAACGGAAGGCGUUAUUUCAUUCUAAACUCAAAGGACUGUUCCCUGACAAUGUGAACGCUUCGUCAAAUAUGCCAUCCCGGGUCGGAGGAGACAGCAUGUAUCCUUCUGAUGCUGAUGGCUGUGAUGAUGAUGCGGGCUUUCGAAGCGAAUCCGGCUUGUCGAUGUUUCUGCCGCCUGUCGACAUGAUAGUUCGUGAAACAACGUCUGCUACAUUAGCACUUGACAGCGCAGACACACCCCUGUACGACCUCAAGAAUCAGGUCUUGCCAGACGAUGUACAGUACCCAUCUGUCCUGCAAGUGCUUGCAUAUCCAUCUGGUGACAUAACGACAUUCAAGCCAUCUCCAGCAUUUUCCAACGGAUGUCUUGUCUACUACCUUAUGGACGCCGCUUCGGUUGUUCCCGUUCUUGCUCUCGGAAUACAGCCCGGCGACACUGUUUUGGACAUGUGCGCAGCACCCGGAGGAAAGUCAAUUGUUGCGCUGCAGACUCUACUACCAGGUGAAUUUCUUGCAGUACCUGUCUGCAUCGCUUGAGU